CUGGAACGUGGCGGAGAAGUACCAGCCGAUCCGCUCGCUGCUGUCCGAGACCCGGCAGGCCCAGCCGCACUGGCUGGACCUGCUGUGCGGGCUGAGCGAGCUGAUGCUGAGCGACUACUGGGCAGCACGGCGGGAGGCCGAGUGGGCGGAGCUGCUGGCGGCGGAGGGGGCGGACCAAGCCGAGCGGGCCAUCGAGGCCUUCAUAGACCCCUCCCACGGCUGGCGGCGGCAGCUGCGGGAGCGCCUGGCGGACACACGGCGGAGACUGGCGCCGCAGAUGGAGCGCGUGCGGCAGCAGCGACGGCAGCAGGCGGCGGCGGCGGGGGGGCAGCAGCAGCAGGGGGCAGGGAAGAAGGCAUGAGCGGGAGGAGUGGGGUGUGUGGGUCCUUUCGCUAACGCCCCUGGUGCAUGUGGGUAUCGGGAGUUUUUUGGAACGACCCAGAAUCUUUAGGUACGACCCACGAGAUCCUUUCCUGUACCCCAACAGGGUGAGGCGCAUCUAACCCAAUGCUGCUCUGCUCCCCUGCGCGCAUGCUCCCCCGGACUCGACGCGGGUUGAAGACGUGUGCACGGUAGACGUGCUGCAUGGGGGGGGGGCGUGCAUGGCGGUGGGCUUGGUUGGGUGUGGGCCGGUGGGGUAAGGACUCUUGUCGGCAGCUGGCAGCGUUGGGGCGCGUUGGAGAG